AUGCUCACGAAAAGUCAUCCACGAAUCACCCUCUCUGGGCUCAGUGUUCUUCUGUCUGGGGAUUCCCCCCAUCUCACCCUACACCUUCCACACCCACCUUCCACAUUCACGCCCUCCUUAUUCAUACCACUCUUUCCGACUCUUCCAGUGUGUGCUCUGGCCGAUGCCGGCGCUCUUAACCCUGGCGGAGUCAUCAAGGUUCCGACGCGCGGCCCGUGCUCCGCGUCGCCCGUGCCGCUGACCGUCUCGACCGCCGCGGAUUUCGCGCAGCGGCUGCAGUACACGCCGAACACGACGGUCGUCAUGUACCUAACGGGCAACAUCACGACCUCCACCGUGGUUUGGUUCAACGCGUCGUAUUCCUGCACCAUCAUCCGCCCGCAACCGGGACUCACGUCCAUGCCCUGGAUCUGGCUUGAUAACUUCAACUCGCCCGCGGUGCGGGUGGAGAGCGCGACGAACAUGCAGUUUGUCGGGAUCGGGAUUGGAUUCCCGUGGAAGAACACCGGCAUGGUGGCGUGCGGCGGGCUGCCCGAGUUCCCGUCGCGCUGGACGUGCCCCGUGCUACACAUCUACCGCGGAUGGGCGGUCACUUUCUCCAAUGGGCAAGUGCAGGGGCGCACGGACGUGUAUCGGUCGGGCGCGGUGGAGUUUUCGUACCAGAAGCACGUGGUGGAUUAUCUGGACGGCACGCUCUUCAGCUACUCGUGCAUCCGCUUCGCCGUCAACGGCGACCCCGUCAACCUCAUCCGCUCGCUCAACAAGGUCGUCAACAGCGAGAUCCGCGGCGCGUGGACGUCGAUCAUGAUGUACGCGGGGACCGUGGGCACCAUCAUCGCGAACAACUACAUCACGGACUUUCAGUUCUGCGGCGUGCAGUGCGGCAUGGGCGACAGCAACGUCGCGGAUUGCAUGCUCAACACCAUCCAGGAUAACUACAUCAUCCCCGGCCCCGCUUACCCCACCAACAACGGCGACGGCGCCGGGAUCUAUUACGAUCUGCAUUGGUACAACCCUGGCAAUCUGGACACGUGCAACUACAUCGUGGGCACGACGCACUGUCACUACCUGGACUUCACGACCUCGGGCCUCACUAUUGACGGCGCUGUGUGCAUUCGCAACCAUGAUGGCAUCAAGGUCAACACCGGCCACGCCAACAAGGUGCAGAGCUACCUGGUGGUGAAUCCGCAGUGGCAGUCGGGCAUCAUGAGCUGUCAGAACUGGUGCGACAACAACUGCAACUCGUGGGCCGGCCGCGGUCUUGGUUACAAGUGGUACAGCGCCUAUGUUGCUCGCUUUGACACUCCCGGCUGGCGCAAGAACUGGCCCUUCCUUUCGGGCCUCUGCAACCGCACAGAGUGGAUGGGACAGCCGUGCAACCCUGACCCCCCGAUCGAGCUUCCCAAGAACUGGACGGGCUACUGCUCGCAGUUCCUCUCCUAUUCCACCGUGGGCAAGCAGCGCUCCGCGGAUUACAAUUACACGGGCAAGUGCAGCGGCGUGCCUGGGCUGAACCACAUCGAGCUGACUGUCAUCAAUGGCACCAACGGCCGCUGGAACCCGUAUUAUAUUAACUGCGAUGCUCUCCCGUCUGUCGUGCCCACCAACAACAUCACCUCGGUGUCGUUUAACUACCCGCCGACCUACUUCAAGUUUGAUAAUUUCACCGGGGAUGAUUUUGGCGUGUCGAAUCUCUCCGAUAUGAUAUAUCAGAAGUAUCCGAAUUUCAUGUCGUGUAGCCGUCGCAGGGUCGGGCCUCAGAAACAGGUGCGCGCUAUGGCUGCUGCUCUCUCCACGGCAGAAUCCAACUUCGGCAAGGAUGUCGGCGAUUGGUGGAAGAACACUUUUGAUAUUAUCCCCGAAGAUUCGGAACUGUCUCAGAUUCUCUACCACAAGAAGUUCAAUGGAAAAAUCCGAGACCUCAACGCGCCCCUUCCCGCCGCUACCUCCACCGGACCUCCCAAGAAGAAGCCCGGAACCGGAAAGAAGCCAGGCAGGAAGGGACCGAGGGUGUCUAACUGGUGGAGCGGAAACUAG